AAGCAGAACAAGCAGCGAAGCAUAUACUCGAUAGAACGGAAUUUUCACUACUGUUACGACUGGCGGAUGAGAUAGGAUGAUAAGCGAUCCCGUUGUUACUUCGUUCGCGAACGCGUUCUGGGGAAGAGAGGACAAAGGCGUCGAUGUGCUGCUAUCGCGUAUGAGCGAUGCGAAGCAAACAUGUGAAGAGCUCCGAGCGUUCUACAAGGAGAGAGCUGCGAUCGAGGAAGAUUACGCAAAACGACUUUCGAAGCUCGCAAAGCAACCACUCGGCUCACGUGAAACCGGUACUCUAAAGGAAAGUCUGGAUACGGUGCGCUCUGAGAUCGAGUCUAUGGGAGUUGUGCAUACAGCCAUCGGUGUCCAGUAUCGCGGUGAACUCGAAGAUGCGCUCACCCAGUUCGCAGGCGCCAUCCGAGAGCGCCGAAAGAUCAUCCAGAACAAUAUCGAUAAACUCCACAGGCUCAAGCUAACGCAACAGAAGGCUUUGACGCAAGCGAAGGAGAAGUACGAGUCGGAUUGUAUGAAGGUGAAGGGAUACUUGGCGCAGAGCAACCUGUUGAUCGGGAAAGAGCUGGAUAAGAAUCAGAUGAAGAUGGAGAAGGUUCAGGCUUCGGUACAAAUCAGCGAGAAGGAAUACCAGAUGGCGGCUAAGGUGCUGGGUGAGACGACCGACAAAUGGAACAGGGAAUGGAAGGCUGCAUGUGACAAGUUCCAGGACUUGGAGGAGGAGCGAAUCGAUUUCAUUAAGGCCAACCUGUGGACGUUUGCCAACAUCACUUCAACGGUGUGUGUCAGCGACGACGAGUCAUGCGAGAAGAUUCGUGUAUCCUUGGAGAAAUGCAAUACGGCGAACGAUAUUCAGGGCUACAUCCAAACGAACGGUACAGGUGCGGAGAUCCCUGUCGCUCCUAAAUUUCAGGACUUCGGUGCCUCUGGCCCCAUGCCGUACGAUGAGGCUAUCGAGAUCGCCAACUUCUCCCGAGGUGGAGACAGCACCACCAAUCUUGCUGCGAACGCUGGACGUCAACCACCAAGAUCACGAUCCAUGGCUCAGGAAGAAAUCCAACAGAUGCAACAAUCCUCUCGGGACAUUACGCCAACACCUCAGCAACCGACACGCAGCCAGUCCGCCGCUGUCCGCGAUUCGGAGGUUCGCCCAAGUCCCAUGCGUAACAGUUCGAUUAUGAGCCAGCACAAGGUUCCAGUCAACGACUUCCCUCCCGAUGGUAUCACUCAGUUCUGCCGGACAGAUUCUGUGUAUUCGAGCCCAUCGACUGGACGAACCGCACCUGGAUCGCCAACACCAAGCUCUGUAUACUCCCACCCUACAACUAUUUCCGACGGCUCGGACGCUUGGGGUGCAAAUCAAACCACACCCCGGAAACCGGCGCCGAACGCGGCGAAUAGGCUGUCGCAGUAUGCUUCGACGCAACCUCCAGCAGGACCUGUCUACCCGCAGUCUCGUGCAGCAAGGAAGUCCUUCAGUGAAAAACGCACGUCAACUCUGGGCGUACCGAACUUCGGAAGACAUCCAACGAUCCCCAGCGGUGAGGAAGUUGAUCCGAAGGCGGACGUCAUGCUCCAGAUUGGCGACAACACCUUCGAGCUUGAGAAAUCUCGCAACACCAACAUGUUGGACGAGAAGCGUCGAUCGCAAUUGGUGGACCGUGACUCGAAGAACUUGGACCCUAUUGCUGCUGCACUGGCUGAGUUGAAGGGUACCUCGUCGAAGACUGGCAGGACUGCUGCGGAUAGGUACUAUGGUCUCAAAUCGAGCACUCCAUCAAUCGCAUCGCAGCCUAAUAACUCCGCGAUCACUGAGCAGAGCCAAGCUUUGCUCCGGUCAAUGGCAGUUGAGUCCGCUCCUUUGCCUGCGGCUAUCGCGGAUACUAUGGGCACUCCCAUCGAUGAGAAGAUGGGCGGUCUCAACAUUCGUGAAACUACCACGCCUACACCUCCGCCAAGCUACGACAACUUCAACGUGUCACCGACAAGGAAGCCCAUUGCUCCCGCUAACGGCGUCUCACAGCGCCGUGGCACUCUUGGUGCACCCCCGGCAGCUGUCACCUCCCAGGAGAUGAACGACACCCGGAAGUACUUUUCUGCUAAGACCACGCAGAUGUUCGAUCAACGCAACGAUAACCGCAGAUCUCUACCGGAUAUGAGCGGUCUUUCUGUGGGUAACCGUAAGAGUAUGGGUAACCUCCGUCAGCCUGAGCAGCCGAGAUCAAGAUCCCCCGCACCGGAUCCUCGUGAUGCGUAUGCUCGACCACCAGGUGAUAUCAGACGAGCAAUGUCACCUGGAUCUGGCGGACGGCCACAGCCAAGUGGUAUGCAGAUGCCGCCGAGAUCCCCUAGUCCUAGACCCCAGGUUCACGGCGAUCCAGGGUAUGGUUACAGGAGUACUUCGCCGGCACCGGGAGCAUACAGAAGCGCUUCGCCAGCGCCGCAAAACUAUACGAGUGCAUCACCUGCUCCUCCGGGUGCUUACCCCGGUACCUACAGAAGCACAUCGCCCGCUCCGUAUGCCCAGGGUGUAUAUCGCUCCGUGUCGCCAGCGCCGAUGGCUCGGCCUGGUUACCGGAGUGCCUCACCCAACCCUCAGAUGGGAAGAUCUGCUUCGCCUCGUCCGAUGACUGGUGGUCAGGAGUAUUAUGACCAGCAGGCCAGGUAUGGACGCUCGGCAAGUCCUCGACCGGACAUCCCCCGCGCACUCAGCCCUGGUCCAUACCGGGCCGGUAGCCCCUCGCCUCAGAAGUCAUCACGCCCUGUGAGUGGCAACUAUGCUGGCAUAUAUAUUGACCCUCGAGGCAGCGGAUAUCGAUCGGGACCUCCACAGAGUCAAUCUUACUCCGCGGGCUUGGAUCAGUACGCCGAUGGACGUGAUGCGGCUCAUGGUGGUGGUUACAGGCAAAAGAGCAGACCAGUAAGCUCGGGUGCACCUAUGCAUGACCGCCGGGCACCUCCAAACGGUCAGGGUACCUAUCCUAGAUCACGGAGUAAGAGUGUUGUGGAGCCGAGUAGACAGGGUGGUCAGUUCACGGAUGACGGACAGGAGAUCAUUGGUUAUGUGCGCGCGUUAUACGACUACAAGGCGGCUAUGGCGGAGGAGCUUGGGUUCAAUAAGAACGAUGUGUUGAUGGUGCUCCGGAAGCAACCGGAUGGAUGGUGGGAAGGUGAGGUGGUAGAGCCGACGAGGAAGAGGGAGAGAGGGUUGUUCCCAAGCAAUUACUGUGCACCGGUUCGGUAAAAGGGUAUGGACGGAGUUUCAGAUAGGCCUAUAUGUAUUCGGGAUUGAUAGGAUGAAUCUUCUUGCACUUCCAUUGGGUAUCACUGGUAUAUCUCUCAUGUACUUC